AAUGAACGCCCUCAGUAAUUGAAAGGUUUGUAGGUCUUUAAUACAAUAUCCUGAAACACAUUGCUACGAACAUUUACUAGUCAAAUUCAAGAGUGAACACUGGGAAGUAAUUACCAAAUGUCUUUCAACAUGGAGAAAGCAGAUCAGAAUCUGAGUGGACACUAAGCGUUACAUAUUUAAUAAAAUUGAUCAAAUAUAAAUAAACUAGACAUAGCAGCACAAAAAGCCGAGAAGAACCUUCUUCAGAGUGAAGAGGCCUUUGACUAUAUGAUCUUCAUGAUUUCAUGUGAUGAUGUGCUUCUCGACUGUUUCUAUUCAUCUAAAAAACCUCUAAACGUCCAAAUAACUAAAUAUUGGUCAUUGAGACUACCAAAAUUUGAAAGAAUGAACAUAAAGAAAAAUAAACAACGUGAAAGAAUGACUCUUAUAGACUACUUUAAUCCGCUAAAGCAUCCAGUUGAUGCGCUUACUAUUUCAGCCAAGAGAACUGGUGAGAAGAUUAAGUGGUGUCUUCCAUUGACCACGAACCAUCCAGGGAAGCUAAAGAGAGUCUCUUUCUGUUAUUUCUUAAUCUUAGCUAAAGACUUAAAGAGGCUAUUCUCAACUUGAGAUUUUAUGAAGAAUAUAACCUUUGUUCAAUGAGAGUUCGGAAUUGAUGUUAGUCGUAAGUUGAUACCUCCUUCUAGCUGGGAGAACAGACACAAAAUUACAGAGAAAAUCCAGACCAUUGGAUGCACUUUCCCAGGAGGUCCAGAUGAAUUUAAAGAUAUUGUGAGACAGUUUUACCCAAAAACUAAGGUAGAAAUAAUCAAUUAAUCGGUCAUUCAGAUAUUGCUUCGUAUUUACACAUUUGAGAAUUUCAGUUA